CAUUUUAGUUAUGUGUUUGACCCGUCAUUGUGAUGAUUUGAAUUAUUGGCUUUUAACAGUCACAUUACAACAGAAUACUUUCAAACGUUGUGUGCUAUGCCUGUUGCAUGUUAAAACAGUUUAGCACUACUACUCUACUAAAAAGUUGUAUAUCAAUUAUUAUUUGUACUUAAUCAUUUUAUUUUUAAAUGGCUUCAAAAAAUCAAUUAGUUACAUUUAACAAUGGUCAAAAAUAUCCAAUCGUAGGAUAUGGUACUUGGAAGUCUAAACCUGGUGAAGUUGAAAAUGGCGUUAAAGCUGCAAUAGAUGCUGGCUACAGACAUAUUGAUUGUGCCUUAGUUUAUGGAAAUGAAAAAGAAGUAGGACAUGCUUUACAGCAGAAGUUCAAAGAAGGUGUUGUUAAACGAGAAGAUCUGUACAUUACUAGCAAAUUGUGGAACACAUUUCAUCAACCUGAUUAUGUUAAAACAGCCUUGAAAAGAACUUUACAAGAUCUACAAAUCAGUUAUUUAGACCUAUACCUAAUUCAUUGGCCAAUGGCAUUUAAAGAAGGCACAUUAGAAGAUACCUUGUUUCCAAAAGAUGAAAAUGAUAAAGUGAUUGAAGGUACAACUUCAUAUGUAGAAACAUGGAAAGAAUUAGAAAAAUUAGUAGAAGAAGGUUUAUUAAAAUCCAUUGGAUUGUCAAAUUUUAAUAAGAGACAAAUUGAAGAUAUUCUGAGAAUUGCUAAAAUUAAACCUGUUACAAAUCAAGUUGAAUGCCAUCCAUACUUAAACCAAAAGAAAUUAAAAGAAUUUUGUGAAUCCCAUGGUAUAUAUUUAACAGCUUACAGUCCUCUUGGAUCUCCAGAUAGACCUUGGGCUAAACCAGAUGAUCCUUCACUUAUGGAUGAUCCAAAAAUUAUUGCAAUUGCCAACAAAUAUAAAAAAAGUCCAGCCCAAAUUCUCAUUAGGUAUCAGGUUCAAAGAGGAGUUAUAGUUAUUCCAAAAUCUGUGACUAAAAGUCGUAUUGAAUCAAACUUUGACAUUUGGGAUUUUAUGUUAGAACAAACAGAUAUGGACUUAAUUGAUACAUUUAAUUGUAAUGGUCGUGUUUGCCAUUUAAUAUGGAAAAAUAUGGCUGAAUCAAAAAUGGUGAAAUUUAAUAAUGGACAAUUAUAUCCAACUCUAGGUUUGGGCACGUGGCAGGCAUCUCGAGAUUUAGAUGAGAAUACCAAAAACUCAGUAUGCCAGGCUAUCAAGAGUGCUAUUGAUAUUGGUUAUCGUCAUUUUGAUUGUGCCUACUACUAUAAUAUUGAGAAAGAAGUUGGAAAAGCUAUAGCAGAAAAAAUUGAAGAAGGAAUUAUCAAAAGAGAUGAUAUUUUUAUUACUAGCAAGCUUUGGAACGACCAACAUAGGCCUGAAUUAGUUGAAGUUACAUUGAAGAAUACAUUAAAUGAUUUAGGUUUAAGUUAUAUAGACCUUUAUCUUAUUCAUUGGCCUUUUGCAGUUAGUGAAAAUCCUAAUGCUACUGAUAGCGAAGGUCGCUUACUUGGAUCUGAUAUUUCUUAUACAGAUACAUGGAAGGCAAUGGAACAAUGUGUAACAAAAGGAUUGGUGAAGUCUAUUGGAUUAUCAAAUUUUAAUAUUAAACAAAUAAAAGAUAUAUUGGAAAUCGCCUCUAUCAAACCAGUUGUUAAUCAGGUUGAAAGUCAUCCUUAUCUAAUACAAAGAAAACUUAAAGAAUUUUGUGACAGUCAUUGUAUAUAUUUGAUAGCUUAUGGACCAUUAGGAUCACCACAUAGAUCAUGGGCAGCUUCUGAUGAACAUGUAGUUCUCAAUGAACCUGUGGUAGCUGAAAUCGCAGCUAAUCAUAAUAAAAAGAAAGCUCAAAUAUUAAUCAAAUUUCAAAUUCAAAGAGGUCUCUUAGUUAUCCCUAAAUCAGGAAAUCCAGAAAGACAAAAACUCAACUUUGAUGUAUGGGAUUUUGAAUUAAGUAAGGAUGAAAUAGAAUUACUCGAAUCAUUAGACAGAAACAUCCGCUACUAUAAAUUCGAAACUGCAUCACAUUUAAAAGACUAUCCAUUUCAUGAUGAAGCUUGAAUAAUAACAUGUUUGAGUAUAAGUAUUACUCAAAAAUUCAAAAUAUUUGUUUUUCAGUAUGUUUUUUAUAUAUUAAUGUCUAAAUAAAUAUAUAAUCUAACAAAACUUAAUCUUAUUAAAU